GGUUACGUCUUGUGUUUUGCUGUGUUUGUGUUAUUGUGGUAGAGUUUGAAUGUUUUUUUAAUUUUCAACUCUGAAGAAUUAAGAUUGAAUUUAAAGUUGUGGUCUCUUUGGAGAAAAAUUGACUGCAUAAUAUUUUAUUCAAAGCGAUUGCUCCGCUCAGUCCAGUCAAAAUCCACAGCAAAAUUUGGUUCAAGAUUAUACAAAAUCAAUACAUAAUUUGAAAAAAAAAAAUAUAAUUUUUGCUCUUUGCGCUAAGAUUCGACGAUUGCGUCUUAUAUGUAAUUUCUAGAGAAUCGCAAUGUCUAAAACAAUUUAAUGAGAAAAUUUGCAAUCUUUUUGUAACUGAAGUUUAAAAAAUAUGCAGAUUGUGAGUUGCGGAAUGGUUGUUAGUCGAAUUUGCCGCAAGCCCAGGCAAUGGAUUGCAGACCUGAAGCUUACGUUCCGUUCACUUACCUACAACCAUUUCCUCGACCAAAGCUAUGUAGCAGAUACGCUCAUGGAACCUUUAUUUUGGUUCGUCGAAAACUUCACCAAAUUCUUGGGCCCCUUCUUCGUUGCUGCUGUUUGUGCUCUUACAACAUUUGUCGUGGGAGUUGCUUAUUAUCUGGGACUGCCCUACUGGUGGAGUGUUAGUCCGGCUUUUACAAUAAUUCUUCUCAUAAUUGGUCACUGGCUGCUCAUAAAUGUUGUUUUCAACUUCUACAUGGCUUGCAUCACAUCACCAGGGCAUCCACCACAAGGUCAAUUAAUACCAGAGGCGGUGAGCAUUUGCAAGAAAUGCAUAACCCCAAAACCACCAAGGACACAUCAUUGUUCAAUAUGUGAUAGAUGUGUUUUGAAGAUGGACCAUCAUUGUCCUUGGCUCAAUAACUGCGUGGGACAUUUUAAUCACCGCUACUUUUUUAUGUACAUGGUAUAUGUUGUGACUGGUUGCCUGUACAUAAUCCUUUUUGGUUUCAAUUUGGGUUGGGCAGAAGUUUUUGGAGACGGCGCAUAUUUGCAAAAUGUCCAAGAGGUGAAAGCCGACGAAGAACUGAUUGGUCAUCCUGUUCGAUUUAACCACUCAAAGCUUAUCCCAAUGCGCGAAAGAAUGCCAAACGGCUCUUUCCAUCCUCUCCCAGACCCCUUUAUUGAACCGGAAAUCAAAACAAAUGCUACAUAUAGAAACACAGUGAUAUUUGUGAGCCUAGUUGUAAGUGGUGUGUUUUUUGCUCUUGGAACCUUGGCUUACUGGCAUUUAAGAAUAAUUGGGCGCGGGGAAACCAGCAUCGAAUAUUACAUCAACAAAGCAGAGACAAAGCGAUAUUCGGAUAAUGGAAUAAUUUAUAAGAACCCUUAUGAUUUUGGCCUGAAAGCUAAUUGGAAGAUUUUUCUUGGACUUAUUGAUGGAAGAGGAUGGCGUCACGUUCUCCUUCCAUCAAGACAUUUGCCAAAAGGAACUGGAUUGUCAUGGGAGACGACGACAUUUGAACUCCUCUUAACUGACACAGCAAAACAAAAAUGACUGUAAAAAUAUGAUCUCUAAUACAAUUUAAUCUAGUCGCAAGAGCUCAAAAAUAGAUUUAGUGCAUAUUAAAUUCUUGUUGAGCAUAAAAAGCUAGUGUAUGUUACACGUUGAAAACCUUUGUGACAUAAAUACCUUCCAAUCCCAUGAAAUGUAAUCGUAAUGUAUUGGAAACAUUCUGAUUUUGUUUUUAAGCAAGCCUAAUGUCCAAAAUAAAUCCAUUCCAAUAAUUGUAAGUAAAUAAAACAUGCAUUAAAAACAUAUAUAGGCUACGAAUGUAAGCAUGUUUUAUUUUAUGGUAGAUUCAUACAAAAUUAAAAAAUAAUCAAUUAUGAAACCUUUUGAACCGUAUCCUUGAUGUGCUUAAAAAAAUAAAUACUUGGGAAAGUAUGACGUGUUGAAAGUUGAAAAAUAUAGAGUUAAAAUUG